AUUGUCUGUUGUGAUUCUCUUUCCUCCGUUAUGACAGUGAAUGCAACAUUGGGCAUCGUCACUUCCGGAAUAACAUAUUUUCCUGCUAAAAAUGGCUGCGACCUUGUGUCUGAAAUUGUUACCGAAACAGGGAUGGCUUCCCCUCACACAGAGUGUCCGGCACGGCUCCAAGGCUGUGACCCGGCACAGGAGACCGAUGCACAUCCUGAAACAGAAGCUGCUGGCGGUCACACGUUACAUUCCUCCUAAACAUGUCAUUCCUCCAGGAGCGUAUCCGACACAAACCAAACAAGUCCAGGAGGAUAGCCCUUUAAAAUUACUCAUGACGAGGAAUCUGAACAAAGUGUUCCAGGACUGUAAGAUGAUCGCUGUGGUCCAGAACAACGCCUGUAAGGCAGAAGACAUGAUACUUCUCAAACACAAACUUCAUAAACAUGGCAUCUCUGUCAAGUUCUUCCCCAAUCAGGUGGUGCGGCCGUUCCUGAAAGACAGCAUUUACUCCAACAUGACUCCUUUGUUCAUCGGCCCAACUGUUAUGUUUGUUAGUAAAGAGCCCAAAGUGAAAGAGAUGCUGUCGACUCUGAGGGGCGCCCCACAGAUGACACUCAUUGGAGCCUGUAUAGAGAACACGCUGCUGAGUGCUCAGGGGCUGGUGAGCUACUCCAAACUGCCCUCAGUGACUUCAGUCCACGGUGAACUGGUCAGCGGGCUGACGAUGCUCACCUCCCACACAGCCUCCCUGCUGCAGCGCCACCCUGCUCACCUGUCCGCUCUCCUCCAGCAGUACGUCAAGCAGCAGAGCUCGGAGGAUGCUCCAGAGGGAGCUCCUAAAGCGGAGGAGGCCACGUAGAGCUGCAGAGGAACUCACCGGGACUGUUGCUUUGCAGAUUUCAAGCUGCUUGGAUUAACGAGGUGCUGUUGGGUUGGAUGCAUAUUGAGAUCUUAUUAUAAUUCAGCACCAGAGUUCCAGUCAAACCUUUAAUCUAAGUUUGACUGUUUUGACAGUGCAUCUGAACUUCAGUGGACAAUGCUGCAGUGUAACUCAAGCAACUCCUUUAUUUAAGGAUAUUAUCACAUUAAAAUAAACCAUUUCAACAUAAA